AUGUUGUUUUCGCUGAGUCGAGCCGCUGGUGUCGUUGGCGGUGCCGGCGCCAUAUUGGAAGGGACGAGGCGGUGGUUGGCGUUUUUUUUUCCCCUUUCACCCCACCCAAAACUCCCCUCUUCGCUCGCCGCGGGAACAACCGAGACCCCCUUAAGCCACGGGCCUCUCCGCCGCCGCCGCCACCAUGCUGUACUUGGAGGACUACCUCGAAAUGAUUGAACAACUUCCCAUGGAUCUCCGCGACAGGUUCACCGAGAUGCGUGAGAUGGACCUGCAGGUGCAGAAUGCAAUGGAUCAACUGGAGCAAAGAGUCAAUGAAUUUUUUAUGAAUGCAAAGAAAAACAAACAGGAAUGGAGAGAAGAACAAAUGACUUCAAUUAAAAAGGAUUAUUAUAAAGCCCUGGAAGAUGCAGAUGAAAAAGUACAGCUGGCUAAUCAGAUUUAUGACUUGGUCGAUCGCCACUUAAGAAAAUUGGACCAGGAGUUAGCUAAAUUUAAAAUGGAACUUGAAGCAGAUAAUGCUGGCAUUACAGAAAUAUUGGAAAGACGUUCUUUAGAAUUGGAUACACCAUCCCAACCACUUAAUAAUCAUCAUGCACAUUCACACACUCCAGUAGAGAAAAGAAAACAUAACCCAUCAUCUCACCAUUCAGCAACAGAUCAUGUCCCUGAAAAGAAAUUUAAGUCUGAAGCUCUCCUGUCUACCCUAACGUCAGAUGCCUCUAAAGAAAAUGCAUCAGGGUGUCGAAACAGUAAUUCAUCAUCCUCAUCCAACAGUGCAUAUAAUGCAAAUUCUUCCCAGCCAUUGGCAUCGUAUAACCUGGGCUCAUUAUCUUCAGGAGCUGGAGCUGGUGCUAUUACCAUGGCAGCAGCUCAAGCAGUGCAAGCCACCGCACAGAUGAAAGAAGGAAGACGAACGUCUAGCCUAAAAGCAAGUUAUGAAGCUUUUAAGAACAACGACUUCCAACUUGGAAGAGAAUUCUCAUUAUCCAGGGACACCGCUGGAUAUUCCUCAUCAGCUUUGGCAUCGACGUUGUCACAAACAUUGAGUUCGACAACCACAGAUUCACGAAGUGGUCGAAAAAGCAAAAGCAACAACAAGUCUUCUAGUCAGCAGUCUUCCUCAUCUUCCUCGUCUUCCUCUUUAUCCUCUUGUUCCUCAUCCUCGGCUCUAGCACAGGAGCUGUCUCAACAGGCAGCAGUCAUACCAGAGUCAGAAUCUAAUAGCCAAGUCGAUUGGACUUAUGAUCCAAAUGAGCCGCGUUACUGCAUCUGCAAUCAGGUUUCCUAUGGUGAAAUGGUGGGCUGUGAUAACCAGGAUUGUCCUAUAGAAUGGUUUCAUUAUGGCUGUGUCGGAUUGACUGAAGCGCCAAAGGGGAAAUGGUAUUGUCCGCAAUGUACAGCUGCAAUGAAGAGAAGAGGCAAUAGACAUAAAUAAGUGUCUUGUCCACGUCGUGUCAGUGAAUGAAGUCACGCUACAUUUGGGGAGAGGGGCAAGCGGGAAUGCUUCUUUGCAACCAGUCAAAGGAGGAGUGAUAAUGGCUGUCAUAAAAGGUUUUUCUUAAUUUUGCUAGCUGUGUUUUAAUAUUGUACCUACAUUAUUUAUGCACUAUUGUGCUAUAAAUAACGUUUCCCAGUUAGCUAUGGAUUGGUCCAGAGCAGACAUAUGCUGACAUUUUUGCUCAAAAAUAUUGUCUCUAAGCAGUGGGCAUUCUUCAAGCAUUUAGUCUUCAAAUAACGUGAGUGAAUGGAGAAUGUGAUUGGCUCUGUAUUCAACUGGCAUUCUGCUGCAUGUCCUGUACUCAAGAGCUGUUGUGUGGAAUUGUAUGUCUUUAAGUGGUACAGAAAGUAAAAAUGUAAAGAUAAUGAUUUUUUAAGAUGCCUUUAUAGCUUUGUUCCUUGUUGAAACUGAAUUCAGCAGGCUGAAAAUAUUGUUCUUGUAUACUCUGGGCUCAUGUCCUUUGGAGUACUUAAAUACGUGAAAACAACUUGUCCACUUGAAACAAGCAAAAAAUAACAAUAAUGUACCACUAGUCUUGUGUGUUUGGGGGCCAUUGAGGGCACAAAUCAUUAAAAUUGUGUUAAAGUGACAAGCCUUUUAUACCGAAUGUGUUUAUUAUUAUUUUUUAUUUUUGUGUGCAAGUGAUCCUUUAGAUUGAAACUGUAUUAGGUGUUCAAUUUUUAAAAAAAUCAAAUGCUAGCAUUAAUGCUUUGCAUACUUUAUCAAAAAGACAAGUACAGUAAACAUUUCAUGGAAGCUUUCAUAAUAUGCUGUCUAACUGGAGGAUUUUAAAUAGCUUUUAUUUUUUUAUAAAAAAAUAUAUAAAUAAAAAGUUUCCAUCUCUAACAAACUAA